AUGCAUUACUUGAACUCUACCCUUCCAUUUAUCUUAGCAGCCGCUACCUUCGCCUCAGCGGAUACAACAACAAGCACAGUAGCAGACAAUGUGGUGAAUACUGCAUGUGCCUCAGAAAGCAUCCUACAAUGCAUCCAACCAAUGCAAUCUAACUUGGCAAACUGCGCACCGGACGACUGGAACUGCCAGUGUACUAGUAGCGCGAAUGUGGUGGAUUGCUAUAACAACUGUCCCGAUGAUGCAUCGAGAAAGGACGCCGAGUCCACCCACCAACAAAACUGCGCUAAUGCCAAAGCACACACGCCAAAAUCAACGCCGGCAUCUGCUAUAACCUCUAGUAGAGCCGCGGCUACGAGCAGUACUGAUAUUGAUGACGGAACGGAUAUCUCCGACUCCGAGGCUGAGAAUGAUUCCGAGGAGGGACAUCCGAUAUUGUCGUAUAGUGGUUUGGAGGCUAAUUCGAUCCCCCGUCCGGAAGAGGGGACUGCUUCUGGUUUAAGGAUGGGGGGUUGGCUGGGUUUGCUGGGGCUUACACUGGGGGGUUCUUUUUUAGUUCUGGUGUUGGGUUGA